AUGAAACAAGUAGUUGAAAGAGUCAUUCCAAUUUUCAAACAAAUGCAUCUCAGUAAACUUGCACUUUUUAUGUUUGAUAACAGCUGCUCUCAUAAUGCAUAUGCUAAUAAUGCCUUAAUUGUUUUAUAUAUGAAUUUAAAAGAUGAAGGCAAGCAACCUCUACUUAGAAAUAAAAAAAUGCCUGAUGGCUCUGUUUAUGUAAUGACAUUUGUAGAUGAAAAUG